GACUUCAUGCUCGGCGCGGGCAUGGUCAUCAUCCAGCCGGCAACCGCAAAUGUCGUGCUCAUCCACGAGGCUGCGAAGAACUUUUGGUUCCUGCCAAAGGGGCGCAAGGACGUCGGCGAGAGUCUCGAGCAGGCCGUGCUGCGUGAGGCACACGAGGAGGUGCGUCACUUGAAAACGGGUAUGCCGGACGAGGCCCACUACCAGGCGCAUGUCUUGAAGCUGCGGCAGGCGCUCGACCUGCUUGAAGGU